AAAGAAGGGCUUCCAAACUAAUCACUGAAAAUGACGUAACGAAAAACUUACGAUGAGUAAUCCUCUCUAUUUGUCAUCUCAAGCUACGUGGCGGCAAUCAUUCGUUACCGAUCGCCGACCAAUCACAGAGCGGGCGGUUUUUCGAUUGGAAUAAAAAGAUCACCCUACGCUCAAUUUCUUUAAUUAGAUUGUUGUCUAUUCUUUCGUUUGGAUCUUUACAGGAAGGUUAGAAAGAGAAGAUAUUUUGUAGAGCUUCUCUUCUCUUCCUUUGGAAUAGGGUUUCUCGUUUUUAAGAUGAGCAUCGAGAUAGUUCCAGUGACGAUAUCGAACGAUAUGGAUGAUGAUUCCUCCUGCGGCAAUCACAGCGAAGAGGGUGGUCUCAAUUUUUCAGACACCGACCCUAAAGACUCCGGCAUUGACUGUGCUGAUCCGGAGGAUAUGCCGGGUGAGGAGAUCGCUUCUGCGAUCAUGAAGACAGUAGAGUACUACCUCUCUGAUGCGAACAUUCUGAGGGACCCCUUCCUCCUGAAGCAUGUCCGUCGCAACAAGGAAGGCUACGUCAGCCUGAAAUUACUCGCCUCAUUCCGAAAAGUGAGAAGCCUCAGUCGCAAUUGGAAAGCGGUGGCUUACAGCUUGCAGAAGUCGACCCAGCUCGCCCUGAACAGCGAAGGCACCAAAGUGAAACGCCUCACUCCCCUACCUGACCACGACGAGUCUCCGGUGUCCAGAUCCAUCAUCGUUCACGGAUUCAGUACGGACAAGCCUUCCGUCGACAGCAUCAGCGAGAUGUUCAGUCACUGCGGCGACAUCGCCCUGGUCAGGAUUCUGAGACCCGGCGGUUCCAUUCCUUCCGAUGUCAAGCACUUCCUCGCGAAGAAUAGCGACAUUCAGUCCAAAGUCAGCGCCCUGGUGGAAUUCGAAGAGCACUCGGCCGCUAAAAGAGCGCUAGAAUCUGAUCUACCCGGUGACAUCAAAGUCACAUCGAUUGUUCUCAAAGAAAAAUCAGAGAACACUGAUCCAAAAUCAUCUCCAGCCAAGGAAAAAAAGAAGAAAAAGAACAGGAAAUCAUCGAAUGCUGAUUCAUCGACGACUCUAAAUGACAAUAGACGAAGUUCCAGUGGAUCUGUUAGCUCCGGUUACCUUUCAUCCUCGCCAUACAACACCAAUCCAUUCGAUAAUCGAUAUCCGAGGCGGCACAGUUACCACAUCUAUAAUGACCCAAACUCUUCAUUUGCUUCAUUGUCUAAUAGGCACGGUGGAUCAAGGGACCGCCUUCUACGGAGUGAUAUCAUGAGUCCCUGGCGCCGGCGCCGAGAACAAUCUGACUCAAAUUUGCUCUCUUCGGUGUCAUCGGCGUGCCAACUAUUGCAAGGUGUUCCAGUCAAAACGAUCCGUAUGCCAAAAGGGCCCGAUGGCACAAACGGAUUUUGUCCAAAGUUCCGAUCCAGGCUUCCAUCCACGGCUGAGUAAAAUGCAUUUAAUUGUUGAACAUUUAACAUAAGUAUUAGCAAUUUUGAACAUUUUUUUAAACCCAAAUCAUACUAAAAUAUCAUUUUUUUAAAAAGUAUUAAUGCAUUCAUUUUAUUAUCGUUUGGUAUUGUUACUUUAUUAAAACAACUAUUAGAAGAAUAGUUUUUCAUGUAUU